AUGAAGACUUUGUUUCUUCCCGGGGAAGACGUUCUAGAGUCCGAUGGGUAUAUAAGAGGGCAUGGAACACAGCUUAGAGGAAGCAAUAUAGCAUCAACCUACUUUGGAAGGGUGAAGAUCACAAACAAGCUCGUCUCCAUCGAUCCUAUUUCUUCCAUGAAGUACAAUCCAGAGGUUGGCAAUGUUGUUGUGGGGAGGGUUAUUGGGAUCCACAACAAGAAGUGGAAGGUUGAGUUGAGCAGUAGAGGAGAUGCUUAUCUAGGGCUGUCAGCCAUCAACCUUCCGGGGACAGUUCAACGGCGGAAACAAGAAUCGGAUGAGAUGUCCAUGAGGGACUUUUUCGACAUCAACGAUCUAGUUGUAUCGGAAGUUCAGAAAGUCAACCGAAACGGUACGAUUGCAUUACAUACAAGAAAUGACAUGUAUGGGAAGUUGGGCCAAGGUCUCUUGGUGUUUGCGCCCCACUUUCUACUUGAGCCCCUCAGAACGAGGUUCCUCCUUCAUGGUAACAUCAAGGUUAUUGUGGGAUGUAACGGAUACAUAUGGGUUGGAAAAACCCGAGAAGAUCCCAUGGCUUUCAUAGAGAUAGCCAGUCUUGUUUCUAAGAUAAAGACAAUGGUGUCCCAGAAUAGAUACAUAAACAUGGAAGAAUUACUUGAAAAAAAUUCAUAA